AUGGGAUUGAAAAAACUGGAAAUUAGGAAUUUCAAAUCGCAUAGAGACACAAAAAUACUAUUUGAUCGAUUUACAUGCAUAAUAGGACUGAAUGGAUGUGGUAAGUCCAAUAUAUUGGACGCUUUGUGCUUUGUGCUCAUGUAUCCCGAGGAGUACAUGAGAGUUUCUUCUUUGGAGGAGCUUAAACUUGAUUUUCACGGUGAUACCAGUGUUUUUGUGGAGAUAGGUACACGUGAUGGCACAAAUGUUAGACUGCACAGGUGUAUUCUUUCGCUGGAGCAGCAGAAUAGGGAGAGUUACCAGGUAAACGAUGUUUUUGUUGGAAGAAAGGAGUAUAUGGAGUGUGUGGCAGGAUUGCAUGUUGGCAGAUGCAUCAUACUGCAAAAUAACAUUGAAAGAAUCGUAAGUGUAAAACCUUUAGAGCUAGCAAAAUUGCUAGAAGACGUAAGUGGAUCAGCACAGUUCAGAGAAAUUUAUGAAAAAAUGAGCGAGGAGAUAAAGAAAUGUACAAAUGAGUGCAAAACAUUUUUUAAGAAAAUAAAGAUAAGGUUGCAAAACAAGAAAGAGGUUGAAAUGGGCAGGGAAAAGAAAAGGAUGCUUGACGAAUGCCUUGCAGAGAGAAACAGACUGUCAAGGGAAAUCUGCAUUUCGAAGAUCAAGGAAAGAGAAACUGCUAUAUCACAGAAUGAAAAAGACAUGGUUGCGUUGCAAAACCGAUUGGACAUUCUCAAGGAGGAGGCAAGGAAUAACGAAAGGGAACUAAAUGUGCUGAGAAGUACGAUCAGAGAGCAGCAGUUACUGUACAUAGAUGCGAAAAAUGAGUACAAAUCCGUUUUGUAUCUCGACAAUGGAAAUUUAGAAGAAAUCAAAAGACAAAAAGAAAGAGAAAAAGCGAAAAUCGAAGAUGAAAUAAGGAAAAUAGAAAUGGAAAUAGAAAGUGACAAAAACGCGGAAAUUAUAGAGAGAGUAAACCAAAUUAGAGAGGAUUACAACAUUUUACUGUACGAGUUUAACAAGGAGAAUGGAGAACUAAUAAGAGAGGAGAGAGAUGUCCGUAAAUUGGUGGAGAAGGUUAGUGCUAAUACGGAAGAAAUCGAGAAGAGCGAGAAAAGAAUUGAGAAGAACAAAUUACUAAUAAGAAGCAAGAGCAAAAGGAUAGAUGAACUUAAACAAAAGGUGGACGAGAACACAUCAAAUGACUUAAUGCGGUUAAAGAAUAGAGAAAUAGAGAUAAAUGAAAUUUUGGGUCAGUUUUUGCGGUACAAGUCUUUUGUCAAAAUAGAAGAAAACAAGGAUCAGAUCAUUAAAACACUCAAAGCACUGUUUCCGGGCGUAAGGGGAAAGCUGAAGGACCUUCUGAAUGUUAGUCAGAGCAGGUAUAUCGUGCCUAUUGAGGUUCUCUUAGGACAUAAUUCACAGGUAAUUGUAACAAACACGAAAGAUGAAGCAUUAAGAUGUAUAAAAUACCUAGAAAGUAAAAAGUUGUGUAAAUUAACUUUUUUUCCAAUCGAUAAUAUGAGACCGAUAAGCAACAAGACAAGCGUAAUCGACGGUUUUGUUAGGGCAAUAGACUGCAUAUCAUACAGUUCUGUGUUACAAACUAUUAUUGAAUAUGUCUUCAAUGAAUGCUAUGUUGUUCUGGACACGGACCUAGAUAGGGACAGGAACCGCAAAUACGUAACUUUGGACGGUACAUUGUUCCACAAGAAUGCACUGAUAACAGGCGGACCCGUCACUGUUACCCUGGAUCACAGUAUUAUCACAGAGUUGAAUGAAAUCAGUACUAAGAUAAGUGCAUACGCACAUUUAAACAUCAUUAUUGAAAGGAUCGAAGAGAUAAAAGAAGAAAUCAAGAUUCUGGGCGUUGAACAGGCGACUUUGGUAAAAGCGAUAAACGAACUGCAGAGUGAAAAUGAUGCAAUAAAAAAUGAGAACCCGUUUCUAAAUGCCAGGCUUUCGAAAAUCGAUAAAAGGUUGAGUGCACAGAAGGCUAAGAAGUUCAGCAGUAUUUUAAACGGAUUUUCUUCUAUAGAGGAGCUCGAGUCGUUUGUUAAUUAUGAAAAGAUCAAGACGAGGGAAAACGAGAGAAAAGCCUUGAUAGCCGAGUUUUCUAGAGUUCAAAAAGAAUUGGAACGCGAAAUUGAGGAGGCGAUUGCCAAAUUAAACAUUAGGAACAACGAAAAGAACAUUAAAAGUAACUUUGAACGGGUUAAUCGGGAGUUAAAGGAGGCAAGGGCGAUCUUUGAGAACAAAAGAAGUGCAAGCGAUGGAGUAAUCAACGAGAUAAAUGCCGUGAAUAAGGAUUUGCUGGUAAAAAAGGAUGAGAUCGAGAGACUAGAAAAUGAAAAGGAGGAAAUUUUGCAAUUCGGAAUUCUCGAGGAAAUUGUAUCUCUUGAAGAUGUAGACGAGCAGGUAUCUAUGAAUGUUAACAUAAAGGAGAGCGAGGAGAGAUUGAGCAGUUUGAAUGCUAAAAUAGAUGAAAUUUACGCGACAUGUAAUUCUGGGAAUGUAGAAAAUGGCAACGAGGAGAGAGAGUUAAAAAGACUACAGAAGCGGUAUGAGGAGAAGAAAAAAGAAUCCGUGGAUCUGAGGGCGGAGCUGAGAGGAGUAAAGAAGAGCAGACUCGAGCUGUUUAACAAUGGAUACGGCAAGAUAUCAGACAUUCUACACAAGAUUUUCAGUUUCUUCAACCAAUCAGCCCAGCUUACGUGCGCGAAUAGGAGUGAGCCAUACCUCGGGGAGAUUAAGUAUUAUGUAUUGAAGGAUGAGUACAAGUUCUACGAAGAUUUGUCGGGUGGUGAGAAAUCGGUUGCUCUCUUAUGUUUCAUUUUGGCCAUCAAUAAGUAUCUGAAUGCACCAUUCUAUUUCUUUGAUGAAAUAGAUUCUGCACUUGAUAGAACACAUAUUGCAGGUCUUAGCGAAUAUUUGAGUAACAGGAAUGAUGGUGAGAGGGAAGAUCUCUUUGAAAACGACCAAUUCGUUUGUAUUAGCCUGAAAAAAGAGUUUUUUAAGAAUGCGGACUCGUUGAUAGGAGUCUAUAAAUCAGACGGAACCAGCAAAAUAAUUGGUUAUCGCUUGCACGACUGAUGCAGAAAUGGUGAUGCCGUAGCCAUGCAAUCGGUCCUUUAUUAUGUGUGUAUUAAAUAAAUGAUUUUAUUGCCGGUUGCGGUUUAUCAGGACAUAUCGCCCGAAAUGUUUCCUGAGCACAGCGUACGAACUGUUUUAAAUCCGUGAUACGGCCCA